ACGAUUUCAACAAUCGGCACAACAACAAUUCAAGCCACGAACGGCGGGACUCUGUCCACAACUACGGCACCAAAUUCAUUAAUCAUGAAUCCUACGUCAAUGUUGGUAGAGAUGAAAAACUUCAUUCCUUCUUCAUAUACUUUUGAAACAGAAAUACAAAGAAUAAAGCAAGAACUUUUAACAAGUAAUUUAGACUGUAGUGCGAAAGAUGAAACAAAUGGAGAGGAGCUAUAUGAAAUGCAAGAUAUCAUAGACCAUUUGCCUAAAUUACCGGAAGUUCAGCAACAAAAACUAACUAUUCCUGAAUUCGAUGAAAUUGAAGUUAAAGUUACUGAUUCAGUAGAAAUAAAGAAGUUCAUACGUAAAGUAAAUUAUGAAUUCCUUGGUUUUCAUUGCAACCAUAAAGUUAUGAACAAAGAUUGCGACAUGGUUUAUAAAAACAUUUCUGACAUAUAUAAAUCUGAGGAGUUUAAGACUUACGAUAACUUUGUUUCAUUAGCUGCUGAAUGUGUGUGGCAGAUAAGAGAUAAAGACAGAAGAGGCAAAGUAUGGAACGAACAGAUAAAACCAACUGCUUCAGAUUUAAAGAAAGCCAUUGAUGCUUUAGUUGUUCUAGCAGGUCAAAUUUCAAUGUAUAACGCAAAAAUGAAUCCGCAAUGCUCAAAAUGUAAAGCAGCAAUGAGGAAAUAUAACUACUCACUAAAAGAGAUAGAAAG